ACAGUCGACACAUAUUUAAUGAUUCUGUUGCCUUUAAAAUGCCCCCGUUGAAAAUUGAAACGAGAAUGAAGUAUAACCCACUACAUGGUAGGGGCGGCCGUUCCCAAUACCUAAUAGAACGGGCAAGUCUAAUCAGUAAACACACAAACACACUGUCUGAGUGACCACAGACUGGACAGUCGCAAAGUCAGACAAUAAACAAUUGGGAGUCUGAGCACACCAAGUGUCGAGCAGCCAUACCAUUUGCAGACGUCCUUUUUCACCAUUUUUUCUGAUAUUUAAGCUCCCAAUUCUCAAAGCCCAAGUCUUUUUAAUUGUGGGGUUUUUUUGGUUACCUUUUUAACCUUUUCUGUGAUUUUUUUUUUUUUUUUUUUUGGUUACCUUUCACACAUAAUGAAAAUAGAUUAGUUCCAAAGACAGUAAAAAGGCAUCAUUCUUUUCCAACCAACACAGCUACCACAAUUCUGUCCUACCUCUCCGCUUCAAUUUUGUUGAGUAACUCUGCAUUAGGCCUCUUAAAAAUGGAAGGAGAAAGGUCUAGUUGUUUGGAAAAAAUCGAAGUUGCGAAAAGGAUGGCUGCUAACAGGGAUUAUGCAGGUGCAAGAUCUAAGCUGCUUGAAGCCCAUAAUCAGUUUCCAGAUUUCAAAAUAGCUACUCAGAUGAUAACUGUUUGUGACAUCUUAUGUACAUCGGAAUUGACUUUGAAUGGUGAAAUUGAUUGGUAUUGGGUUCUUGAACUUAGUCCAGAAGCUAGUAAUUCUCAAAUAGAGUCGAAGUACAAUAAACUUGUUAGCCUAUUAGAAGGAAUAAAGGAUGACUUUCCUGGGUCUGUCACUGCUUUGAAGUUAGUCCAUGAAGCUUAUGCUGUUCUUUCAAAUGCAUCUAAAACUUGGAUCUUCAACUCAAGAAGGCUGACAAGCAUGGAUGUUAGUGAAUCAUUUGUUCCGUCUGUGAGUUCUCUUGGUGAUAUGGGGCAUCAGAAUGGUCGGAGUUUGAGUCAAGAACAUGAUUCCUCACCUGUCUGUGAAAGUUCUGCUUCUAAGAAUGCAGAUGCUGCAAUAGGUCUUGUAGGUAUUGGUGAAAGAAGUUUAACACCUAUUGAAGUUGAUGAUUCAGAUGAUGCCGAUGAUAAUCAACAGAACAAGGGAAUUAACUCUACAGAAUUGAAUUUUCAUUCUUCCACAUUGAAGUCAGAGGUUACUCAGAUUACUGAUACCAAUGUAGCUACAGCUAUGGAUUUUGAUCUUUCGAAUGAGAAGUCACUUCAGAAUUUAAGAGCCACGACAGAUCAUAUGAAUCAUGAAAAUUUCAUUAACUUUGAUGAUGCAAAGAAGGCAGAAGCUUUUGAAGUCGGUCAAAUUUGGGCUGCUUAUGAUAGUGAAAAUUAUCCUCGUAGGUAUGCUCGCAUCAAUAACGUUUCAGAAUCACCUUUCAGGCUCGAUGUUACUUGGUUGCGACCUAUACCACAAAAUGAAGAUGAAAGGAAAUGGUGUGAGGUCAGGUUGCCUGUGGUAUGUGGUUUAUUCAAUUUACAUGAAAAUGAAGAAUCUAUAGUUGAUCCUGCUAUUUUCUCCCAUGUGGUUCCUUGUACAGUCAGCCCAACUUAUGAUGAAUUUGAAAUUUUCCCACAAGAAGAUGAAGUUUGGGCAGUUUAUAAAGACUGGCGACCAUUUGAUUGGUUGGAAAACCCUGAAUCUAAAAAAGCAUGUAGUUUACAGGUAAUAAGGAUAAUUGAAGGUUACUCCGAGGAGGGCAUGCUUGCUGUGCCCUUAGUCAAGGUUGAUGGAUCAAACAAUAUUUACAAAAGAGAGACUGAAGUUGCCCAAGAGCGUACUUUCAAAAUCCCUGCAGAGUUCUUGUAUCGUUUUUCUCAUCAACUUCCAGCAUGUGAUUUAGAAGGUGGGAAAUUGAUUGGAGUAUUUGGUGAUAUGCCACAGCAAGAUCCUUCGUCCAUCAACUCCUCAACCAGUCAGAGGCCUACAUCAUGCCCUUCAUCAGUGGAUUCGGUAGGUAAUUCACUAAAAAUGGAAUGGACAACCAAUGAUUUUACUCCAAGUCAAGUAUGGGCUGUCUAUGAUGGCUCUGACCAAAUGCCUAGGCAGUAUGCGCUGGUGAAUAAAGUUUUUAUGGCGGGAGCAGUUGAAGUGACUUUUUUGGAGCCUCAUCCCAAUCCUAUGGAUAAUGAAGAGAUUUCUUGGAUUGAAGAGAAUUUACCUGUUAGUUGUGGUAUAUUUAAACUAGGUUCCAGGAUUGCUGUUAUGCCUUUGAGUAAUUUCUCUCAUUUGGUGGAUUGUGACCGAACUACCAAGAAUCUGUUUUACAGAAUUUAUCCCAAGAAAGGUGAGAUAUGGGCGAUGUACAAAAACUGGAAUAGAAGAUGGAAGCAACAGGACUUUAGAGACUAUCAUUGUCGAAUAGUUGAAAUAACUUCAGAUUUCACAGAGCCUUCUGGCCUGAGCACUGCGAGCUUGGAAGAAGUUCCGGGAUAUAAAACUUUUUUCCAGAAGCAACUUUGUGAUGGGUUUGCAUUAAGCCGAGUAGUUUCAAGAUCAGAGAUGCUUAGCUUUUCACACCGAAUUGAGGCAUUUGUUGUCCCAGGAAUUGAAGCCCAUGGUAUACCUGAAUGUUCUUGGCACCUAGAACCUGAUUCAUUGCCUCCACUUAUUUCUAAUUCCUAAGAUGUAUGCAUAACUUGCAGUUGUUCCUCAAUUUUGCUCAUGAUUAUGGUGAGUUAUACUCGUGACUUUCUAACGUUCUGUAAAUAGUUUAAAUGUUUACUGUACAUCGGGUGGCUGCCCUUUACUCCAUUAGACACAAAUUGCUUUACUAUGGUUCCAGAAAUUUGCAUGUUAAAGUCCUGUAUAGUUAUUGUUAAUUGGAUGUGGAAAUUAAGGGUCUAUGGCUCCAAUUAA